GCUGCAGUGCGAGUACAGGGGACGCAGGGGGAGCUGUGAGGCCUGAGAGGCCCCUGUCAGCCCUGGGUCUUGAGGGGUCCAAGAGGACCCCGUCUCCUGGGUACCCAGACUGUGCACACCCCGGGCUCUGUCCUGCAGGGGGCGUCCUCCGCGCCCGGGGACUGGGGAGGCAGAGGGGGCGCCAGGGUGCAGAGGAGGCGGCCAUGGGAGAGCGACACGGGACACUACUGCUGCUGCUGGCGCUGCUGCUGGCCCGGGCUGGCCCCAAGCAGCCGGAGCCUCCGGAAGCGAACCUGUUGUCAGGGCCAUGCGGCCACCAGGCCAUCCCGUCGCGCGUGGUGGGUGGCGAAGACGCAGAGCUGGGUCGCUGGCCCUGGCAGGGGAGCCUGCGCCAGUGGGGCAGCCACAUCUGCGGAGCGAGCCUGCUCAGCCGCCGCUGGGCGCUCACCGCUGCCCACUGCUUCGAGUCGUCCAGCGAUCCCUUCGAGUUUACAGUCCAGUUUGGCGAGCUGACUGCCAGACCAUCCUUCUGGAACCUGCAGGCCUACUACAAUCGUUACGGGGUAGACAACAUCUUCAUGAGUCCCGGCUUCAAGGGCGACUCGCCCUACGACAUCGCCUUGCUGAAGUUGUCCUCUGCGGUCAGAUACACUGACAACAUCGGGCCCAUCUGCCUCCUGCCCUCCACAGUGCGGUUUGAGAAUCGCACAGACUGCUGGGUGACCGGCUGGGGCAAUGUGGAGGAGAACGAGGUUCUGCCGUAUCCCUACACUCUCCAGGAAGUACAGGUCGCCAUUAUCAACACCUCCAUCUGUAAUCACCUCUACCAUAGAACAGACUUCCGCUGGAACAUCUGGGGAGACAUGGUGUGUGCAGGAGAACCCCAAGGAGGCAAGGAUGCCUGUUUUGGGGACUCCGGCGGACCACUCGUCUGUGACACAGACGGCCUCUGGUAUCAGAUUGGCGUUGUGAGCUGGGGCAUAGGAUGCGGCCGGCCCAACCGGCCUGGCGUCUACACCAACAUCAGCCAUCACUUCCGUUGGAUUCGGCACGUGAUGAUCAACAACCCAGGGCCCAAGCGGGGCCCCUCGCUGCCGCUGCUGACCCUGCUGUGUGUGCUGCGAAUCCUGUAGCCCACCUGACUCCAAGGCCCACAGCGGGGCCAUGAGCUGGUCCUGUCUGUCCAAUUUCCCAAUAAACAUUAAAACAAUC